AUGAGGAAUUUUGUAACAGGGACCAGCGUUGUUUCAUUCAAGUACAAGGACGGAAUCAUAAUGGGUGCAGAUACCAGAGGAUCCUAUGGACGGCUGGCGAAGUACAGCGGGAUCCAAAGGAUGUUCAAGUUUGGAGACAAGACACUCAUAGGGAUUUCUGGAGAGGUGAGUGACAUGCAGUACCUAGUUAAGACACUCAACAUACUUACUGAGGAAGACAACAGAGGAAUCGAUCCAAAAGGCUACCAUAAGAUUAUUCAAAGAAUAUUAUAUUCUGCCCGAAGCCGGAUCAGCCCUCUAAAUUUGAGUGUUUGUGUAGGAGGAAUUAAUGCGGGGCAUGAAAGGGGCUGUGCCAUCUCUAACGAGAAAAAGAUGCUUGGAUGUGUGAAUCAUCUAGGGAACUUCUACUUUUCAGAUGUAAUAUGCACAGGAAUAGGAAGCUACAUAGCCCUUCCAUUUCUUAGAAGCAAGGUAGAAGGAAGAGAAGAUGAGAUAACAAGGGAGGAGGCUACGAGUCUUAUUGAGGAAACAAUGAGGAUUCUGUGCUAUAGGGACUGUAAUGCAUCCAACGAAAUACAAAUAGGCUAUGCCGAUAGCCAAGGGGUCCAUAUAUCAGACCCAUACCCACUUGAAACCAACUGGGAUAUUGGGAUAAGGGAGGACGAGAUUGUUAUUGAAUAA